AUGUCGGUGGCCACUGCGGGCCUCCCGGCGCUCGUUCUAAGGGCAGAGGCCAGCUCAGAUGGAGACGUCUUCCUCCCUCGGAAACACCAAUUCGGUUCGUCGGAGGGUCAUUUCGGCGUCUCCAAGCCCUCGCUGAUCGUCCGGGCCGAGGUGGGGAAUGAGGCCCUCUCCAAUUUAUGAAUCCUUUACGGCCACUUCCCGUUGCGCUAACAUGCCUGUCCUGCAGGGAACUGACGAAUUUUUAACGCUUGCUUUCGUUAUUUGGUGUAUAAUGUUUCAAUGGACUUGAUCUUCGAUAGUUUUCGAUCAUUUCUGCUUAUGGGAAAUAAAUUUAGGUUCCAUAUGUCGGAGAAUAUACAUACGUAGAACAGAGGCUCAAGGUUAAAACCAUAUCACGAAAACAUGAGCAAUUGGGCACUUGAACAUGGACUUCAAACAUUCUGCUGCCGUUCUUCUAGUAGAUUCCCAAUGUUCCCCCGUUCUCACUCUAGUUUCCAUCUAGUGAAGUAAAAUCAGACAAAGUGACCAAAUCUUCACCAGAUUUCGAUUCUGCUUCAGUAAGGAUUGUUUGAUAUUAUUCCAAACUGGGUUUCUGGGGUUAUUUUUUAAGCGACAGUAGAUGAGCCGCGUAAAAAUCAUUCCCCAUGCUGCCUUCGUUUUAAUGUUUUCAGUCAUAUAUAGAAACACAAAAUCUUCUGUCAUUUAUGAUACAUCUAUAAUCUCAGUAUAUUGUUUCACAUGUUUACAGUUAUCUGCACAUUCGUCUCUUAUAACCCCAUUUUAAGAGCCCGCACACACCAUUUGUUUUUCUUGAGCCCUUAAUUUCUUUCUUCAUCGCAUAAUCUUUUGAGUCCAAACACAUGAUUCAUGUUGAAAAACCAAGUUCAUUCACGCUACUGAAUCUAUACAAAUUGAUAAAUCUGCAGUGCGUAAAUUAUCUCAAUACAAAUGGUUGACCAGAAUAUUCCUCAAUUCUUGGGAUUUCUUGAAUUAAAGAGUCAUCUCCUAAUGCCUUAUAGUUUAGCUAGAUUUUGGUAAACUAAUCACUUAUCUAUUGGCCAUUUAUCUCGCAUUAUAAAAAAUAAAAUUCAGAUAUGUGUUAUCCUAAUAGUUUAGCGUUUGGAUCAUUAUUCAUCAUCCUUGGUCCCGUUGGACCAUUAUAGUCAUGAUUGCCAAGAGUAUUGCUUAUAAACCAUUGAAUAUUAAAUAGAGUAAAGUGGCAUGUGUUAACAGACUGAAGACAUGGUGGAAACUUAUCCAAAACACCUGUUCUAUCAUUGAUCUGCAAACCAUAAGAAUGCAGUGAUGGCUUAAUGCAUUGUACGGGACGGCUUCUUAUAUAUUUUUUUUCCUUACUUUUGUUUCGACGGAUCUCAUAUAUUUGCACACUAUUUUCUUGAUUUUUUUUUCUUGCUUUUAUGCAUUUGAAAAGUGCGGGUCUGCUUUCAAUCUGAUCCUGCUGAGGUUCAGAUAUGCUUGCCUCACUGUGAUGUUGGGUUAAGAUAUUUCAGAGCAUUUAGGGGACAGAUUCCAGUUGCAUUUUCUCAUUAUAUUUCACUUUGGGGAUUUUAUGCAAAUUUUAAUAUCCUGCUCUUAAAUUGUAGUCGAAUGUUCCGAAAAUGGAAAAAAGGAGGCCCAUCCCACCUUGUGUGGUAUGCAAUGGAAGUGGAAGAGUUGACUGCCAUGAAUGUCAAGGAAGAGGUCUCUUCCCCGUCCUCUCUCUCUCUCUCUCUCUCUCUCUCUGCGUGAUACAGAUGAAUUCUUAUAUUCUCUCAGCGUCUUCAUGGUCAUCCUGGAUUCUUUCCUCUAGGUAGAACAAAUUGUGUGCACCUAGCAAUGCUUCCAAAGGGGGAAUGGCCAAGAUGGUGAGUUGCUAAUUUUAGCUUCUUACUUCAUCCAAUUUAUCUGCAAUCAACUCUCAUCGUGAACCAUCUCACACACAUGAAUUGGCAUAUUCAUAUAUGAUUCUAAUUUUAGCUUCCUACUUGAUCAUCAUCUUAUUUAUUCAACAUGAUUUUUCAUCCUCAAUCAUUUAUACAUUUAAUUUAGUUAUUCUAUCUUCCUACUCGGUCAUCCGGUUUAUUUGUUGAUUCAUCUUAAGCCAUAUGUAUGAGUAUAUAUAUAUUGGCAAAUUUUAUUUUCCUACGUGGUCACUCAAUUCAUUCUGUAUGUCAAGCAAUGGCUCAACAAUUUAGCUUCCUACUGGUGAUUCAAUUUAUUUGCAAUAAUCUCUCAUCUGGAACCACAGAUGUAUAUAAACUUUGCUGAUUUCAGCUUCCUGUUGGGUCAUCCAGUUUAUUUUCAAUGACUGAUUGCAGGUGUAAGACGUGUGGUGGAAGUGGCCUCGGAUAUUGUAGCCGCUGCCUGGGCACUGGAGAGUACAGGGACAUCAUGGGAUUCCACUUCAUGAAGGCUCCCUUUAAUGCAUCUGAGUGCCCAAAGUAA